UGUACUACCUGGUUACCACUGCUGAUCAUUCAGAGUUGGUUAGUGGGCAUGAUAUGGGCUGAGUGUAAAGAAAUUUGGACUCAAGGCCCCAAGGAAUAUUUGUUUGAGUUGUGGAAUAUGCUUGAUUUUGGUAUGUUAGCAAUUUUCUCAGUAUCAUUCAUUGCAAGAUUCAGGGCAUUCUGGCAUGCUUCCAAAGCCCAGAGCGUCACUGAUGCAUAAGAUACUUUGAAGGACUUGACAAAAGUAACAUUGGGAGAUAAUGGGAAAUACUACGAUUUGGCCAGGAGGGAGUGGGACCCCUCUGAUCCUCGGAUGGUGUCUGAAGGUCUUUGUGCAGUUGCUGUGGUUUUGAUUUUCUCUGGGAUAGCUUAUAUUCCAGCCAAUGAAAGCUUUGGACCUCUGCAGAUGUCGCUUGGAGGAGCAGUCAAAGACAUCUUCAUGUUCAUGGUCAUAUUCAUUAUGGUGUUUGUGGCCUUUGUGAUUGGAAUGUUCAACCUGUACUCCUACUACAUUGGUGCAAAACAAAAUGAAGCCUUCACAACAGUUCAAGAGAGUUUUAAGACACUAUUCUGGGCUAUAUUUGGACUUUCUGAAGUGAAAUCAGUGGUCAUAAACUAUAACCACAAAUUCAUUGAAAACAUUGGUUAUGUUCUUUAUGGAGUCUAUAAUGUCACAGUGGUCAUUGUUUUGCUAAAUAUGUUAAUUGCCAUUAUCAACAAUUCAUUCCAGGAAAUUGAGGAUGACACUGAUGUGGAGUGGAAAUUUUCAAGGGUCAAACUCUGGUUUUCCUACUUUGGGGAGGGGAGAGGACUUCCUGUUCCCUUCAAUCUGGUGCGGGGUCCGGGGUCCCUGCUUUGUAUCUUGCUGAAGCUUAAAGGGUGGAUUUUUUAGCUCUACCAGAGUCAUAAAAAAUGUUUCCAAGGAGAUGUAGAGAUAAAUAGAGAUAGAGAUAAAUAG